AUGCUUCCGUCCUCGCAACUGAUUUUGACACUGUGCGCGAGUUCGGAUCUCGGAGGGCCGCAAUUUCAGGGUGGGCCUCCACGUCGGUGUGGAGAGGAAUGGAUUCGGCACUCGUCUAGGCCUCCUCCGAGCCUCCUGCCUCCUCGACCCACAUCCAUCACCGCUCAGCGCCCCCACCUUCACUCUGCACGGCACCAAGGUCGCCACCACAUCGCGCAACUCCUUCGUCGCAUAGUGCUUCGGCGACAAGGAUGCACUGCUUGUAGUGCAUUACUGAAGUUCGGCGAGAUUCGUCCAUCCGUCGACAUGCUCUUCAAACUUCCCUGGCUCCUGGCAUUGGUGCUGCCAGCAUUCCUCAUCGCUCUAUCACAUGCAUUUCUCCUCGACUCAGGAGCGGACAAGGACGAUGAGCCGCGCCGCUCACAGCCCGAGUCCCCGAAGCACGAUGCUAAUCGGCAUCCCGCCACUCGGGUCGUUGGCACGACGGCGCCAACAGCAUCCCCAGUGGACUCCCUCACAUCCUACUCGAGCAUCGAGAGAGGAUGCAGGAGGACGACCGACUUUUUCCAACAGGUUUGCAGCAACCCGCUCGCUGACCCUGCAUCGGGCGAGGGCGCAACGUCGCCCAAAGUCAGUGCCGAUCUUCUCGUUUGCAGUGUCCCGGAAGUCGAGCCGCUCGUCCGAUCGGACUCAGAUGUCCAUUCUGUCGGAAAGGCGCCCAGUGCCACCUACGCUGUCUCAGGAACCAUCGUGAUCCGUGGCUCGGCCAUCGAUGCUGACUCAGCGUCAGGACUGCCAGAGCUCGGCGAUGCAGCAUCCUCCUCGGCCCCGCCGAACGACAGAACUGCAGACAACCCCGAAAGGCCUCCACAGCAGUACCCUGGUCCGGAAGACGAGGGUUUUUGGAGGCAGAGAGACGGCAGGCACGAGUGGCAACCAGCAUCCAACGCGCAGCCCGGACAGAAGGUCGAGCUCAACAUCGCCGACGCCUCCGAAAGUGCUACCCAUACAAACACAACCGCAAACCAGCCAGCCGCAGACGGUCGCGGCGCUUUCAAUCUGAGCGAAUACGACGCAUGGUCGGCAGCGCAAGACCAAGCCACAUUCCUCAGCUUCCAGGAAUGGAAGCAGCGGCUUGAGCAAGACUCUGCGGAUCGCAACAGUCCUCAGCGCGGCGAAGCGGCCGAAGCAAAAUCCGUUCGAGAGCAGCCCGUUCGACCCUCGAAUGGACCAAGUGCAACGCCGCGGCAAGCCGGCACGCGCAGUGAUUCAGACCAUACCGUCUCCUCAAAUGGAGACGGUGGCGGGCCAACGCGAAUUUCGGACACGAGCGUCACGCCAAGUGAGCCGGGUGCAAGGCAACAGAGCAUCCGUACGAACCCGGACCACGCUUCUACUGCGGCAGAGAAAGCAGAGACUCCAGGUCCGGACGUGCAAGGCGCCGAUGACCCAGCUCGUUCGAUUAGCGACAAAGUCGAGCCUGCGCGCGUUGGCCUCAGCGUGGCCGCAAGCGGCACGAGCGCACAACUCGCCAAACUCAAGCAUCGAUGGAACUUCGCAUCUCUGGAUUGUGCCGCAGUCGUGCACAGAACCAAUCCAGAAGCCAAGUUCGCCAGCUCCAUCCUGAGCGAAAAGAAGGACCGAUACAUGUUGUCGCCAUGCCCGCAUAGGAGCAGCCGGAGCAAGGGCAGCACUCAGUUUGUCAUCGUCGAACUCUGCGAGGAGAUCAAGAUCGACACCCUCGUGCUGGCAAACUACGAGUUUUUCAGCAACAUGUUCAAAAAGUUCACCGUCACCGCUGCUCGCCAGCUGACAGGCCGAGCAUCCGACUGGGUGCAGCUCGGCGUCUUUCGAGCCCGCAACGUCCGCGGCCAGCAAGUCUUCCGCAUACAGUCAGCGCCUCGAUCCGAAGACUUCUUUCGCUACGUCCGCAUCGACUUUCUCGAACAUUUCGGCAGCGAAUACUAUUGCCCAGUCAGCUUGCUUCGAGUUUACGGUAUCACCGAGAUGGAGGAAUGGAAGCGAGGCUACGAGGAGCAACCUAGCGAGAUCGACCCAGUCGCAGGCGCCGGCGUUGACGAGCAGCCUUUCGUCGACGAUGCUCUCCCUGCUACACUCACACCUGAAGAUGCCCUUCCCCGCGAUCCUCCGCCGGUUGUGGACGCCGUCAACCUGACCGCCAAGGACGAGGACGUGUGGCGCAAGCACGAGCAGGCAUUCCAGCGCAAGAUGCAGAACCAAAGCUUUUCGCACCUCGCUGGCGAAACAGAGAUGCUGGACACUUCCACGCAACAGCGCGACGCUCAGCCCUCACCAGCUUUGCCACAGCAAACCUCUCUGGAAUCACCAUCAGAGUCUGUCUCCGUCCGUACACCCGACCUGGGCGGGGCCAGCGACGACUACAUCCAAGGACAAUGUGCAAUCGAGGAGGACCCUGCUUUCAAGAGCGAGCUCAUGGACCGAUGCCCUCGACCUCGAGGUCAUGCAAAGCCCUUCUACAAUCUCAUCUCGGCUUCUUCAAGGCAACGCGAUGCCAUGGCCACUCAUCGUGAUUCAUUGGCAAAGAUGGAUGGAUCCUCGGCCACCGCGCCUGCGAAGUUGCCUUCGGGCGCGACUAGCGCAGACGUGGAAGGCGAGCAAGAACGAGCCCGACGAGCAUCCUUCUCUCGCGCUGGCGGUCCCGGUGGAGCACCUCAGUCCGGGAGCGAGUCUGUCUAUCGAGCGAUCCACCGACGGCUCAACGCGCUGGAAGCCAAUGCCACACUGAGCCACAGCUACAUCGAACACAGCGGACAAAUGCUCCGCGAGGUCUUUGCACGCAUGGAGAAGCGACAGGAGCUUCGCAUGUCAGACAUGCUUCGCGCGCUGAACAGCAGCAACUGGCAGCAGAUCGAAAGUCUCAAGAGAAGGCAACACGUCGACCUGCAACGCGCAAUCUUCGAAUUCGAUGUGCAUCGACAACAGGCCGAUUCCGAACGCCGAGCUCUGCUCCGCGAGGUUCAGAUCUUGGCCGAAGAAGUGCUCUUGGAAAAGCGCUUGUCCAUCGCACAGCUCGUCAUGCUCCUGAUCGUCUUCGUCCUCGUUGGUCUCACAAGAGGCUCUAGAGCGGCUCCACUGCUGCACUCAGGACUCGCAAAGAUCGGACGCACCUCCAGAAGGCGAGAGGGGAAGAGCGAGCUCCAGGUUGCCGUCCCUGUCUCGCCGAAAAAGAUGACCCCUCGUAGCGAGCGGAAGAGCGAUGCCAGGCUUUUACAACCUUACGCUACUCCGCUUGUGGACAAGGCUGAUCCGGAGCGUAGCCCUGCAAGACUCGCGUCCGGCUCUGGUCGCUCUCUCACCGCGAGACGGAGCCAGCAGGAGCUGAACAGCACCUCAGCGGUCGACCAUGCUCCAGUUUUGUCGACCCCGGGACCACCGAGAGGCUCUGUUGCGAGGAUGGCGCUGCCUGCAUCGGGCGCAAACCCAGUCACCAAGGCUGCGAAUACCGUGUACCGGUCCAGAUCACAAGGCGAAAGCAUGAUUGGCAUGCUUUCGCAUCCACGAACCAAGCGCCGCCUCAUCCUGCUUUUGCAUACGCUCGACGCUUUGGAUCUGGAAGCGGACCGCCGACGCUCGAGGAUCGCCCCGCCCAGAUCAAUGCCACGACAUUCCCAGGCAAAUGAAAAUAAAGGCCCACCAAACGGUCAAAGGCGGCAGAUGCAGCGAGCAUCGAUCAAGUCGCCAGGGGACAAUGCGCAUCGAGCUUUGCGGGCGCAGAAGCUCAUCACGGCGCACCACCGAGACACGGAUCAUCGCCAAGUUCGCGACCACACCACACCUACGCGGGACCGAAAGCCUGAAGCCCCCGUCUUUGAUGACCUUGCCGGCAUGUCUUCUGAUUGGACGGAAAGAUCGGAGAACGAGGAAGCUUCCGAGAAUGCGGCGUGCCUAUCCGACGAGGACUGGAGUCACGGCCAGGUGCCCAGGGAGCAUGUGCUUGAUGUGCCGACUUUGAUGCACGGAGAGCUCCGCCUUGGUCAUCCGCCAAUCGAAGCAAAGCGCUCAUUACCCGCACUUACGACGAAUGGUUUCCCGCUGCCCUUGCCGGGUGCGCAACCUCAUUCUGAUCAGAAAGAUGUUGCGUCUUCUCGAGGUCCCUCUGCAAUCGCGGCGCAGCCAAAAGGCCGAGCCUUCGGAGCGGGAGAAGAACCGCCCAAACCGGCGUGGGCCGACGGGCGCGUUUCGAGCUCGGACUCGGAAUCGGAAGGAGGAGCAUGGCACAGAGUUCUACCGCGUCGCACCGGCAACGGCUCGAGCCUUCGUAGGGCUAGGCAGGGCACGAUCGAUGGCAAAACUUCUACAUCUGGCAGCAACGCCAAGCCGGGAGGUAGGACAGAAGCAUUCGAGCGUCGCGCUAGUCCACGCCCUUCUUCUGCGCAAGGGAACAAUCACAAGCCACAUAGGCCGGGGCUCUCAAGGCUUUUCGGAACACGCACGCCGGAUGUUGUGGCGCCGCACUCGCCGAAUGACCGGCGGAGUGGCACGCCCGACACGAUCCGCAGUUUCAACGCUGUCUAG